GGGAGCGAGUUCAGUGCGCAGGCGCAGCUGCUCGGCUCCUCUCGCCCGCGACUCGACCGGCCCAGCUCUCGCGGACAAGUCCCGACAUCACGCGCCCCCCCCCGCCGCGGGGACCGCCUCCUCCUCACUCUCGGCUUCGUCGAAGAUAAACAAUAGUUGGCCGGCGAGCGGCGAGUGUGUCUCCCGCCUCGGAAUUCGGCGGGCUGCGUGGGAACGGCGGGAUCCCGGGCAGCCAGCCAUGGCGGGGUUGUACUCGCUGGGAGUGAGCGUCUUCUCGGACCAGGGCGGGAGGAAGUACAUGGAGGACGUAACUCAGAUCGUGGUGGAGCCCGAGCCGGCUGCGGAGGACAAGCCGGCGCCGGUACCGCGGCGGGCGCUCGGGUUGCCGGCGACCCCCACUCUCGCCGGCGUCGGGCCAUCGGGAAAAGGCCCGGCGGCGGCCCGCGACCCUGCCCCGGACGCCGUGGCCUCGCUACCCGCUGGCCGCUGCUGUCGCCGCCGCUCUUCGGUGGCCUUCUUUGCAGUGUGCGACGGGCACGGCGGGCGGGAGGCGGCACAGUUUGCCCGGGAGCACUUGUGGGGUUUCAUCAAGAAGCAGAAAGGCUUCACCUCGUCCGAGCCCGCCAAGGUGUGCGCUGCCAUCCGCAAAGGUUUCCUCGCCUGUCACCUCGCCAUGUGGAAGAAACUGGCAGAAUGGCCAAAGACUAUGACAGGUCUUCCCAGCACGUCCGGGACAACUGCCAGUGUGGUUAUAAUACGGGGCAUGAAGAUGUAUGUAGCUCAUGUAGGUGACUCUGGGGUGGUCCUUGGAAUUCAGGAUGACCCAAAGGAUGAUUUUGUGAGAGCUGUGGAGGUGACACAAGAUCACAAGCCAGAACUUCCCAAGGAAAGAGAAAGAAUCGAAGGACUUGGCGGCAGUGUGAUGAACAAGUCUGGAGUAAACCGUGUAGUUUGGAAAAGGCCCCGGCUCACUCACAGUGGACCUGUCAGAAGGAGCACAGUCAUUGACCAGAUUCCUUUUCUGGCUGUAGCGAGAGCGCUUGGUGACUUGUGGAGCUAUGAUUUCUUCAGUGGUAAGUUUGUGGUGUCACCUGAACCAGACACCAGCGUCCACACUCUUGACCCCCGGAAGCACAAGUAUAUUAUCCUGGGAAGUGAUGGACUUUGGAAUAUGGUUCCACCUCAAGAUGCCAUCUCCAUGUGCCAAGACCAAGAGGAGAAAAAAUACUUGAUGGGUGAGCAAGGACAGUCCUGUGCCAAAAUGCUUGUGAAUCGAGCACUUGGCCGCUGGAGGCAGCGUAUGCUUCGGGCAGAUAACACAAGUGCCAUCGUAAUCUGCAUCUCUCCAGAAGUAGACAACCAAGGGAACUUCACCAAUGAAGAUGAGCUCUUUCUGAACCUGACUGAUAGCCCUACUUACAACAGCCAGGAGACCUGUGUGAUGACUCCUUCUCCAAGUUCUACACCCCCAAUCAAGUCACCGGAAGAAGAUGCAUGGCCAAGGCUGAGCUCUAAGGACCAUAUCCCUGCCCUUGUUCGUAGUAAUGCCUUCUCAGAGAAGCUUUUAGAGGUCCCAGCUGAGAUAGCUCGAGGGAGUAUCCAGACUGUAGUGAUGACCUCAAAAGACUCAGAGACACUUGAAGAAAAUUGCCCCAAAGCCCUGGCUUUAAGGAUUCAUGAUUCUUUGAAUAAUACUCUGUCAGUCGGCCUCAUUCCAACCAAUUCAACAAAUACUAUCAUGGACCAAAAAAACUUAAAGAUGUCAACUCCUGGUCAAAUGAAAGCUCAAGAAGUUGAAAGAACCCCUCCAGCCAAUUUUAAGAGGACAUUAGAGGAAUCCAACUCUGGCCCCCUUAUGAAGAAGCACCGACGGAAUGGCUUAAGUCGAAGUAGCGGGGCCCAGGCUUCCAGUCUCCCUACAGCAUCCCAGCGCAGGCACUCUGUCAAACUGACCCUGAGGCGCAGACUCAGGGGCCAGAGGAAGAUGGGAAAUCCUCUUCUACACCAGCACCGGAAAACUGUGUGUGUGUGCUGAGAUGGGCCUGGGAAGUGGGGAUCUCCCUACCUACGACUGAGGGCUUUUUAAACUUGGUGCGAAGUUGAACUUUUUUAAGGGGAUAAAAUAAAGAAUAUACAGUUUGACUUUUUGGAA